GCCGCAAUAUGUUAUUUAAAUGCCAUACUUAACGUAAAAACGAGUCUACUCACUAGUGACUAUAAAAAAUAAUAGUCACUACUGAUUAAUAUAUAGGGGUAUUAUCACGCAUGUGAAAAAAUAACAACGAAUAUUAUUUUGAUUAGUUUUUAUUACGACAGUGGCCAAAUAUAAUAAGUAAAAUAGCUAUUUAUGCCAGUCACUUGGAAAGUUUUCGUUCUCUGAGAUAGGCAGGUUUUUUUUUUAAAUUUAGAAUCUUAUUUUUUAUAUUUUUAAUAUUGUGAAUUGGAACCAUAAUUAAUACACUAUGUAUCAUUUAAUGAAAAAAACCAGCAAUUUGCCCGCAGCUUUACAAAGAUGUUUUCUGAGUAAUGCACCAAAAGCUGCAAUACCCAAUCCGGAUAUAAAAUACACUGAGUUGUUUAUUAAUAAUGAAUUUGUGAAGGCGACAUCUGGUAAAACGUUUAAAACACUCAAUCCAGCUAAUGGCGAAAUAAUCGCUCAAGUGCAGAAAGGCAAUAGUGUUGAUGUUAAUAAUGCCGUUGAAGCUGCACAAGAAGCGUUCAAGUUGGGUAGCCCUUGGCGCACAAUGGAUGCUUCAAAACGUGGAGUUUUACUUAAUAAAUUAGCUGAUUUAAUGGAACGCGACAUUGUUUAUUUGGCAAGCCUGGAAUCGUUGGAUAACGGGAAGCCGUAUAAAGUCUCAUUAUCGCAUGACGUUCCUGGAAGUAUUAAUGCAUUGCGCUACUAUGCCGGCUGGGCUGACAAAAACCAUGGUAAGGUGACGCCUAUCGAUGGCAAUUAUUUUGCAUACACCAGACAUGAGCCAGUCGGUGUAUGUGGUCAAAUUAUUCCUUGGAAUGUUCCAUUGUUAAUGUUAUCUUGGAAGUUUGGACCAGCUUUAGCUAUGGGUAACACCAUAGUGCUUAAGCCUGCUGAGCAGACUCCUUUGACUGCUCUAUACAUUGCUAAUCUUGUCAAAGAAGCGGGUUUUCCACCGGGCGUUAUAAACAUUGUCCCAGGUGACGGCCUAAUCACAGGAAAAGCAAUCGUUGAUCAUUUAGGUGUAGACAAAAUUGCUUUUACAGGGUCCACAGAAGCCGGUAAACUUAUUGCAGAAGGUGCAGCUAAAACUAAUUUAAAACGAAUAACACUUGAACUUGGCGGAAAAUCUCCCAACAUCAUAUUCAACGAUAUAGACAUUGAUCAAGCUGUACAAGGAGCCCACUAUGGUUUGUUUUAUAAUAUGGGGCAAUGCUGUUGUGCCGGUUCACGAACAUUUGUACAAGAGUCAAUUUAUGAUGAGUUUGUCGAGAAAAGUGCAAAACUUGCUGAGAAACGCAUUGUGGGCAAUCAGUUUGAUCCGAAUACAGAUCAAGGACCUCAAGUUGACCAAGAACAAUUGACUAAGAUUCUUAGUUUGAUAGAAAGCGGUAAACAACAAGGUGCUCAGUUAGUCACUGGUGGGUCUCGUGUAGGAGAUAAAGGAUAUUUUGUACAGCCAACUGUAUUUGCAAAUGUUAAAGAUGACAUGAAAAUUGCAAAAGAAGAAAUUUUUGGACCGGUACAACAAAUAUUGAAGUUUAAAGAUUUCGAUGAGGUCAUAAGUCGUGCAAAUAACACCGAUUAUGGUUUGGCAGCAGCCGUGUUCUCGAAAAAUAUUGAUACGGUCAACAAAGUAGUGCAAAGUGUUCGAGCUGGAACAGUUUGGGUUAACUGUUAUAAUGUAUUUGGAGCUCAAGUACCAUUUGGCGGAUUUAAAAUGUCUGGUCUGGGACGUGAGAUGGGGGAAUAUGGUCUCCAACCUUACACGGAAGUGAAAACUGUUAUUGUGACUACACCUCAGAAAAACAAUUGAACUGUGUAACAUAAGUACCUUAUUAUUUUGUUAUAACAUAUUAAUAUUAUUUUGUGUCAUACAUUUUUAUUUUAUUUUUACUUAAAAAUUACUGUUUAAUUUUGUUACACACAAUUGUAAUAAAAUAUAUUUUUUAUUUUUUUAUU